AUGGUGUGUGUUGACAUUCUGAAAUAAUAUCAUCCUGAACAGUAAGGAAAGGUUUACAUGAAGUAAGAUCGAUACUUAAAGAAACGUGUCUUAUAUUUGGAUGGAAAUAUGAAUACAGUUGCCUAGAUUACAAUACCUGUCAAUUUGAGAUAAAAUUAUCUUCACUUUUAAAUUUAAGUUCCUUCCACAGGUGUGUUUAUAAUUUCUAUAAACUAUUAAAAUAAGGGGUAAAAUUUCAAAGUCUCAAUUAGCAAUUUAUUUAAAUCAGUUUCAUACCCUCAUGAAAAUUAGAUAAAUCAACCCUGUGAAGGAUUACCAAAUUGGGGUACAAUUGUAGUGGACUUGAAAAGCUUUUAUAGUUUUACAGAAAUUACUUAAUUAAAUAUUAGUGGAAAUAUUGCUGUUAAAAAUAUAUAUAAUACAAAUGAAGAUUAAUUGCUGCCAACCGAUUGUCAAUUAAAUAGUGUGCAUCGAGCUUUUAUUAAACAUGUGAAACCAAAAUUAGCACCUUUGAAAGGCAUUUUGAAAGCAAAAGGGAAAAAGCAAGAAUAGGCUCCUUUGGAAGAAAUCCCUUUACCACAAGAAAGAGUAUCUCCUAUGAAAUAGGAGAUAAGAGAACCCAUAAUAGAAGAAUAGGAAGCCAAAGUAAAAAGCAAACCUUAAUCAAUAAUGAAAUUAAAACAUAUACAUGGUUAUACUCCAAAACAUUAAGCAAAUGUAAUAUUUUUAGAUGAUAAUUAUUUUGCCUUUCCUUGUGAUAAAACAAUUGUAAUUAUGUCAGAAAAAGAAUAAAAGUUUUGUUCAGCUACAAGUGAAAUAUAAUCAAUAACAAAAUAUAAAAACGAAUUGAUAGCUGCUUGUGACUCUGAGAUCUUAACUUUUGAUUAUACUACAUGUUCAAUACUGAACCAUUAUAAAUUAGAAGGAUACAAAGCUAAAUUUAUAUAAAAUUGGGAUGACACAUUAAUUGUCUUAGCAAAUGAUGAAAAGCAUUAAAUGUUAUUAUUGAUUAGGAAUGAAACUGUUGUUAUUAAAUAAGCUUCGCCGUUUCAUAUCUCGACAUUUAAAAUACAAGACAAAGAUAAUUUCAUAUCAGUAGGUAAGGAGAAUAUUCGGUACUGGCACAUAAAAGAUACUUGUCUGCAAGGCCAUUCUCCAUAUUUGGGAUAGUAUGCUAGAGAAACUGAUUUUACAGACGUAUUAAUACAGGAUAAGAGAGUUUUGGGAUGUUGUAAAAGAGGUCGAGUUUUUCAGUUUAUAGAAAAGGAACUAACUGGUGUCUGGUAGAUUUCAGAAACGCCUAUAACUACAAUGAACAAAUUUACAUCUUUUGUGGUCACAACUCAUAAAGAUGGGAUCAAAUUUUGGAAGCAAGAUUUUAGUGAACUUGUCAGAGAUAUUAAAUGUGAAGUUGAAGUAAUUGGUUGUGAUAGUCGAUAAAAACUAGUAUGUGCAUUUAGAGAUAAAUCAAUUGGAAUUGUAGAUGAUAAAACUAUUAAAUAUUUGGUGCAUUCUCAUCAAUAGAAUAUAUUGGAUCUGAUUGUUGUUUAAGAUAAAAUAGUUUCAUCUGCAAUGGAUCAUGAAAUUAAAAUAUGGAACAAAAACCUAUCAUUAGAAUAUUAAUUUAGAUGUCUCGAUGGUUUGGCAUCAUCCUUAUGUGGGUUAUCAACUAAGCCUUAAUUUAUAGCUGGGUUUGAUAAUGGUUACAUUAGAGUUUUUGAAUUACAAACUUACACAGUCAUCUUAGAAAUAGAUACAAAACAUCCUAUUCUAGCUAUGAGUGGAAAUUUGAAUGAUACUUUAUUUUUAAUAACCCAUGAAAAUGAGACACUUAUUUUAAAUAAUAAAUUACUAAUUAUCAAACAACAUCAACAUCAAAUUAAGUACAAUUAAAAUAACCAAUAAAUUGCUUUCAAUGGGUUUUUUAAUGAAUAUUAUUAUAUAGCAAGUAGUUCUCAUAUUAAAUUAUAUUCUUGCGAUCAUUUAGCAGAAAAAUAUCAUUUGAAUAUACCGAUCAGUGCCAUUGAUUGUAAUGAUGAACAUCUACAUAUUGUGAGCAAUGGUAACAUCAAGAGAUUUGAUAAACAGUUAAAUUUUCUUUAAGAGUUAAUAUCCAAUAGUGUUUAUAUUAAGAGUUGCAAUAAUUAUGUUUUCAAUGCAAAUAAUAAAGAUUAAUUGGUUGUAUAUGACUAUUUAUUUACAAGUGAUGAAACAGGCAACCCCAUCAAAUAAGUUUACUAAUAGAAAGUCAAAAAAUUAGUAAUUUCAUCUUAAAUUAUCAGCUUUGUUGAUGAUUUCAUCUUUAUCUGGGAUACAAAUGGUUUACACUAAACUUUGUUAACUCAUCCAAUUGAUAAACCAUAUAUCAAUUAAUUAAUAGAUGUCAUCUAAGAAUCAAUGAGUCCACAUAAACAAAAAUUAGAAAAAGAGAAAACAAUAAAAUAAGGGAAGGAAAAUAAAAAGAUUAAUUAAUAAAAAUAAUAAUAAAAUUAAUAGUAAUAAUAAUAAUAAUAGUAAUAAUAAUAGUAAUAAUAAUAAUAAUAAGUAAGUCCAAAAUCAUCUCCUAAAGCUGUUCUUCCAAAUCAACAUUUAAAUAUUUAAAAUUAAAAUAAAUAACUAAUAAUAGAUGAAUAACAAUUACCAAAAAUAAAAAUUAAGAAAGUUAUGGGGUAUAGAUUUAGUGAUGCAUACAUAUAAUAAUUUCCAUGGAAUAAGGAAGAAUAAUUUUAUGUUUUGCCAUCAGAAUAAUUUAUUUCUAUCAAUUAUUAUGCGCAGCAAAAGUAGCAGCUCAUUUUGACAACAUAGAUCUAGGCCAUACAUUAUAGUAUAAAAGGAAUAAUUGUAUUACUUAAAUAACAAGUUCUAGUAUUUGAUUUAAAAAUGGACUUAAUAAAAUAAUUUGAUUAUGCCGGAUAAUUAGCAUGUUCCACAGUAUCUCCAUGCGGGAAUUAUUUACUAAUGAUAAAUGAAAAUAGAAUUUAAAUAUAUAUCUUAAGUAGUGGUAAAAUACUGACUCAAACAAUAAUACAAUAUGGAAAUGGUAAUAUUUAUACAGAUUGGUGUCAUGACCAAGAUUUGAUGUUUGUGACUCUGAGUGGAAUCCAAAAUUAAUUAUGGAGAGUUAACCAAAAGGCAUUAUUAGAAUACUGUGAUUUAGAUAUACCACCUACUUACUAUUAAAGUAGUGGAUAUUAUAAGUAGUCAUUGGUAGUUUCAUAAGGACAAAAAGUUCAUCACAUUGAUAUCAAAUAGGCUCGCACUUUAUUAACAGUUGAAAAUGCCACUUCUCAAGAUAUUACUUAAGUAAUCUGCACUAAAGAAUACGUUCUAUUGUUCACAAAUUCGCCGAACAUCUAUAUUUAUACAUAUCAAUUUAAUGAUAAACACAUUAUAUCUUUAGAUAGUAUUCCAUUAGGUUAUUCGAACAUGUUUUAACAGGAUAUAAUAGUGGCAACUAGAUCUUAGAUCUGGUUUGUGGAUAUUCAAUCAAGAACUACAGUUAAAAUUGAACCAAAUAUUCCAUUAGAACAUAAGAUCCUCUGCACUCAUUAGGAUAUUCUUGGUACAUCAGAAGGAACAAUAAUGAUUAACAAUGAUGAAAUAUUAGUACCAAAGAGAUAGUGCUUACAAAUUUCACAUUAUAAAAAUUGCAUAAUAGCUGGAUAUUCAGAUGGAUAUUGCAGAAUUUUCAAAGAUUUUUAAUUGAUUGGUCAAAUCUAAGUAGGAAAGAGUGUGACUGCUUUAGUGGCAAAUUCAAAAAAUUAUUUUGUUGUUGGAAAUGAAUUAGGUUAAUUGUUUUAUUGUACUGGUUUGAAUGAAAUUAAAAUGCAUGAAAUAGUUAAAGAGAGAGGAGAUUUCGCAAUUAUUUCCAUUGAUAUGAAAGAUAAGUUAAUUGCUUAUAGUACUGGAAAUUAAAAGGUUUCCAUCUUGCAUUAUAAAGAGAAAGAGGAGUUUAUCAUUAAAAAAGCCACCAAUGUAGUUGAUGAUACUCCAGAAUAUUAUUUAAUGGAUAGUUAUAGGUUUAGAUCAAUUGAAUAGUGCUAAAUCUAGUUUAGUAAGACUAAUCAAGAACAAAUAAUAAUGUUGUGUUCCUAAAUUGUGAUCAGAAAUUACAUUGAACAUUUAAAUAUCAUCACUAUAGAAUGUAAUGUUGGUCGAAAAGAUGGUACUGUUAGUAUGUAUGACAAUGAAAUAGAAUUGGAUAAAGCCUAGAUAUCCUAGUUUCCUAUUCAUAUGAUGCAAAAUGAUAAAGUUGCAUAUGGAAACAUGAUAAGUGAAUUAAUAUAAUGA